AUGCUGGCAGAAUCCUACGUCGGCCGCUACACGACAAUCUUGGUCUUUUCCGCGAUCUAUGCAAUCGGCUGCGGGCUUACCGCAGUUGCAGCCAGCCCGGCGAUAGAGAGCAUCCCUCUUUUCAUGCUGGGAAUACUAGUGCUCACAGCUCCCGGGACCGGUGGUGUGAAGCCGAACAUCGGCACCUUCGGUGCCGACCAGUUCGACCCUCAAGGCGAGGAAUCCCAAAAAAGGAAGGAGGCCUUCUUCAUGUACCUGUAUGUCACGAUGAGUGUGGGCGCUGUUAUAGCCUUUGGCUUUCUGGCCAAUGUUGCUACUGCCGGUUUGCCACCACGCAUCCCUAAAGAAGAUGGGUUUUUCUUCGCCUACAUCAUCAUGGCCGUACUGAUGGCUCUUGCCUUGAUCCUGUUUGCAGUGGGCACUCCGUUCUACCGCAAGGAAAGCUUUCAGAAGAACACAGAGCCGGUGCUGAUGCCGGCCAUGCGACGUCUGUUGGGCGGCAGGCGAACGGCAUGGGGCAAAGUUGCGUUGCUGGGCUGGGCGCUGCUUCCUGCUCUUAUCGUCCUGUCCGUUUUGCAAGUCUUCUACCCAUCACGCACACUCACGAUUGUGAGUCUGUUGGCUGACCUGAUUUGCAUUGGUUGCCUCUGUACGGCGCACUACAACAACUCGUGGUUGGGCGAGCCCGACAGUGUCACACGGUGCCUGGACGUUGUGCCCAAGAUCAUUGUGGGGAAUGUCACGUUCAAUGUGCUUUACAAUACCAUGUUCAGUCUCUUCUAUUCCCAAGCCUGUCAGAUGGACACGCGGCUCGCAGGUGGCCUGCAGCUCAGUGGGGCCUUUUUCAACCUCGGCGAUGCCUUCGCCGUGAUUAUCUUCACGCCUCUGCUCGAGCGACUUAUCGUUCCUUUCGCUGAGAGAAAACUGGGGCGGAAAGUGAGCUCCAACAUGAAGGUACUGACAGGAAUCUCAGUUGCCAUUGCCUCGCAGCUCACUGCUGCCGGCCUGGAGUAUUCGCGCCGCAGCGCGGAGGUUUUGUCCAUUCCGUCGAACUGUGCCCCAUUAGCAUCAGAUGGGCAGCAUGUGAGGAUGAGCGCGAUGAGUGCGUUUUGGAUGGUCCUGCCCUAUGCCAUGGUUGGUAUUGGUGAAGCAUUGGUGAAUCCGGUUCUUUGGCAUGUGGCCUACACCGCCGAUCCAUCGAUGAAGUCUUUGAUGCAAGCUUUCUGCCAGUUUGCCAUGGGAGGCCUGCCGAAUGCGAUUUCGGCAGCAUUGACACAAGCAACUAAGAGUUGGACACCGAACAACCUGAACAACGGCAACCUGCCCAUGGUAUAUUUUGUCAACGCCGCCUUUUGCCUCGCAGGCUGCGCCGUCUAUGUUUUUGUGACACGCAGCUCUGAUUCCAAGGAGGGCAAGGAGUGGUGUGCAGCAGAAGACUCCACCAGCGAAGCUGGAGAGUACAGCGAGAUGCUCCGUGAGCGUUUGCCUGCCGUGCACGGCGUCCUUGUUCAGCAUAGGACUCUGGUGCUGAUCCUACACCACGACCUGCAGGCACUCCAUCGCGUGUGGGACGUCCUCCUCGGCGUCAUGUCCGAGAUGGAGGCACGUGUGGCCGGCAUCAGCACCGGCGCAUGGCAUGACCCGCACAACAACGGCACCUACUCGCAGCAGGAGCAAGGUGCGGCCGAGCUUGCAUUCCAGCGCAUAACAGGCAACAAGAAGUACACGGACAAGCUGAAGUUUACUUUCGAGGAUGCUCCUGCUGGCACCUGCAACAUCCAGGGCUGCAGCGAAAGCCAAGUCUUCUCCGUCGCCGACUUCUCCACCAACUACUGCAAUCUGCGCAUGCUCUACUGCGGCUCUCACGAGGGGUGCAAGCCGGUGAAGAAGGACUUCGCCAUCACUGAGACCUCGGUGAGUCCGUCCUUGGGAGCUUCGAAAAACCCCGCAGAUUGCCUGAAGACCAUGACUAUGAGUCAGCACUUCCUGUCAGUUCAGGCGCAAUCCCAGUGCCCACCUUCUGGCUUCGAAACGGUGAAGGACUUCGACCUGGACAGUUUCAUCUCCAAGCGCUGGUACAUCCAGCAACAGAUGGAGACCAAGUACCUGCCGAAGUCCCAGAACCGCUGCGUCUAUGCUGAGUACAAGCUUGAGCCCAAGCAGACUCUCUUGGGCUACGACGUGGCUGUCCACAACCAUGCAGAGGAAGUCGCACCCCCGCACACCGUCCAUGACUCCGGCAGCAAGAUUUGCGCCAAGGUCGUCGACAAGGCCCGUGGGAAAUUGGAGGUGGCACCCUGCUUCCUGCCAAGUGCCCUCGCGGGCCCUUACUGGGUUGUAGACUACGACGAGGGAGCAGGCUAUGCUUUGAUCUCUGGUGGUGCACCGACUGUGCCUGCAACGGAGGGCUGCAAGACCGGCUCCGGAACCAAUGACUCCGGGCUGUGGAUCUUCACGCGCGAGCAGAAGCGGGACGAGGCCCUGGUCCAGAAGGUGAGGGCGAUCGCAGCCCAGAAGGGUUUCGACCUCUCCGUCCUCAACGAUGUGGACCAGAGUGACUGCGGAAGUAUGGCACAGGUUGUGGUGUGA